GGUCUUGCUCACGUGAGCAAAUUAAAUACGCAAGUGGGUAAUGCAAGUUGGCAAGCAUGAUGAGGGCUUUUCGGACCUGAUCCCUUCUGCCGCCCUAUUCUUCCAUUCCGCGUUAACUUCAGAGUUCAGAUUAAAAUACGCCCUAUUGUCCCUCAUAACAAACCCUCCGGAUGCAAGGAAAGGAAGACCCAAGUAGGAACGCUCGAUCUGGGUUGUUGAGUCCUGGUCCCCGGUUUCACUUCUCCUUUCUCUUGUCCUUCUCUAUAAGACUAAUUUCCAGCGUGAAGAUAUUCCCAUUUCCCACCAAUUGCAAGCUUUAACAUGCAUCAUCUUCGUCGUCAGAAGAAGCUUAUUGCCUUCUCUCUUCCAACUUGCCAAUAUUCAAUAUAUUUUAGUGCGUAGAAAGGCCCUGUAGGGAGUCCCAGCCAUGGCCCUGCCCACCAUCCCCAUCCCACCUCCUUUUUAUCUCUUCAUUCUCCUCUUUCCACCCCUUUGUUCCAUUUGCUUUCUUCUCCUCCAACCCCCAAAAGCAACCCCUCCCCCUAGCACCCUAAAUCCUAUCCUAACCAUCACCAUGCCUGAAAACCAAAACCAAGGAGAGGUCAUGUGGCCUAGAUUGGUGUUCAACAAGCUGCUUCGACGGCCUCGGGGCAGCUAUUCCUUCAUCGCGGACUUCCCGAGCACCGAGAUGCAGCUCGAAGUAGCCAGUUUAGAUGAUCCCAUCAGCCUGAACAGACGAUCUAAUGAUCAAAUGGACGCACAAAAGUACAAGCUGUUUGUUAGUACAUGGAAUAUUGGUGGUAUCCCACCGCCCGAUGAUCUAAAUUUGGAAGAUUGGUUAGACACGAAGAAUAACUCCUAUGACAUCUAUGUUCUUGGGUUCCAGGAAAUUGUGCCGCUUAGUGCCAGAAACAUCCUAGGCCCGGAAAAGAGUACAGUAGCCAAGAAGUGGAACUCACUCAUUACGGCAACAUUAAACAACUCCCAAUCCAGCACACAAAGAGGCCGGGAAUCCAAGCAAGGGGAGAAGCAGAAGUUGCAUCCAGUCAAGCAAGGCACUUCCGAGAAAAGCAUUAUGCAAGACAUUCGAUGCAUCAUAAGCAAGCAGAUGGUAGGUAUUCUAGUCUCCGUGUGGGUGAGAGGUGAUCUCCGACGAUACAUUCGCCACCCUAGCGUCUCCUCUACUGGUUGUGGCGUUAUGGGCUUGCUAGGGAACAAGGGUGCAGUGUCGGUUAGGUUUUGCCUGCAUGAGACGAGCUUCUGCUUUGUAUGCUGUCAUUUGGCUUCAGGAGGAAAAGAAGAGGAUGCGAUGCACAGGAAUUCAGACGCCAUGCAGAUAUUCACGAGGACAAGCUUUCCUCGUCGGCGCCCUUCUCUUGAUUUGCCACAAAAGAUUCUGGAUCACGAUCGGAUAAUCAUGCUUGGAGACUUGAACUACCGAAUCUCCUUGCCGGAGGACAAAACACGAACACUGGUGGAACAAAAGGAGUGGAACAUUCUGUUAGAGAAAGAUCAGUUGAGGGGAGAGGUCUCGGAGGGUCGGGCAUUUGAAGGUUGGCAUGAGGGUGCGAUCGCGUUCUCUCCCACGUACAAAUACUACCCAAACUCAGAUGCAUAUCAUGGGUGCAUUCAACGCAAAAAAGGCGAGAAAAGACGAGCUCCAGCAUGGUGUGACCGGAUUCUGUGGCGUGGGAAGGGCUUGAAGCAAAACCUAUAUGAUCGAUGCGAGUCUAGAUUAUCCGAUCACCGGCCUGUGAGAGCAAUUUUCACCGCAGUGGUUGACGUCCCGAGAACUAAGAACUCCUUAAGAAGUUUUUUCUUAUCGGACAGAUUGGAUCAAAUCGCUAGCGAUUUUGAUUGUUAUCCAAUGGAGACCGUAUUUUGGAGUUCAUUGUGAGCUUUAGCUAUCAUAUGGGCGACCCUUUCGUCAAGCCUCCAGAGAGCUUGGGAAGCUAUUUUUAGUGCAAUUAACUUUCUGGUCUCUCCUCGCAUAUAUAUUUAGAGAGAGAGACCACAACCCAGUAAAUAAUCCUAUAUCCAGGUUUUAUAAUUUGUUUAUAGCAGAGAUUAUAUAGUGUUAGUGAUUAGGCCCGUCUAAUCUCUUACUCAGAAAAAAAGGGGAGGGAAAAAGCAUCACAUAAGAGUGCGUCGUGAUGCUGUACGUUUUGUAUGGACGAGAAAAAGAGAUCGAAAGUUUAUUACUGAUAAGUUUGCUUAAAGAAUAAAAGAA